ACUCAGCACACAAAUAAAGUUGGCGGAAAUGUACACUACUGCGCAAUUUGCGCAUGCGUGUUGAGGCGAAAUUUCCCUCUGUGGAGAAGCUAGCAUGCCGGAGAGAAGUGAGACCGUGACACCGGACCGUGACGGUCCGUUUUCAGUCCCAUCACUAGCACUUCGCAUUGGGCCAGAUUUCGCUCUUUCAUUGGAAUAAUCCUAUACGAGGCACUGCCCGGGCCCAUCUCACAAUUUUAGUAAGAGGCAGACGGAGCAAGCUGCAAGGAAUGAAAAGCAGAAUGGCUGAAGAUUCACUGGAAGAGAAGAGGCCGCUGAUCAACCGUAGACGGGCCAGCUCCAGCAGCGAGGCCAGAGGGCUAUCAUCGCCACAGGGUCACACCUACGGCUUGUCCAAAUGGAGACGACGCGGGGCCUGCGCCUCGAUCCUCCUGGCCGUUAUGUUUGAACGGCUGACGUUUUACGGCUUCUCCGCCAACCUGGUCAUGUUCCUGAACGAAAGCCCCUUUCUUUGGAUAUCUUAUGAUGCCGCAAACGCCGCCCUGAUUUUCACAGGUCUGACGUACGUUUCCUCUGUUUUUGGCGGGCUACUGGCCGAUACCCUCCUAGGACGAUUCAAAACUAUUGUCGUCAGUUUCAUCCUCUAUGGCCUGGGCAGCGUCUUACUUGUGUUGAUCGGCUACAGCUCCACCUCGAAAUCAUUUCGGCACUCUUUUUGCGGGAAUGACACCAGUGGAUGGGUGCCAGCUCCUGCAAGCAACAAUUCAAGUGUAGGGCCAACAGAGCCCCCCAAGAGUAGUUUUAUGUACUGCGGUUGGGCCGUGUAUGUUAGUCUUGUAGUGAUUGCUCUUGGUAGUGGCUCUUUGCGAUCCAACUUAUCUCCUUUUGGAGGUGAUCAGGUGCGAUACGAAGGCCCCAAAAUCAUUAGAACCUUCUUCAAUUGGUUUUACUGGGCCAUCAAUGUAGGCUCGCUGAUCGCGUUGCUAGGAGUCACCGCCUUGCAGCAGAAUGUAGACUUCUUCAAAGGCUUACUGGUGCCUGCUGCAUCGCUCUGCGUUGCGGCCGGAGUCUUCGUCAUCGGUCGGACCUGGUACCUUUCCAAGAAACCGAUGGGCAGCGUGCUGACAAAUACGUCCAAGAUCAUCAUUGAAGCUUUCAAACAGCGGAAAGCUAGGAAGAUGAUGGUCCAAAGACAAGACAGUACUGAGUUAUUCCACAGUCAACGCCCUCCGAGCUUCUUAGACAUGGCCAAGGUUCGAUACGGAGGCAGUUUCCAUGAGUCUAUGGUCGAUGAUGUCAAAUCACUCAAGAAGAUCAUUCUGGUGUUUCUGGGCCUGACGCCGUACUGGGUGGUUUAUUUUCAGAUGCAGACAACGUUUUUGCUCCAGGGACUCCACUUGCGUUUCAAAAUCAACUGCACAGUGGAAAGUUGCAAUGACACUACAGAUGACUUCCAGAUUCCACCGGCAUGGCUUUCUGCCUUCGAUGUCGUCGCAGUUCUCCUGUUCCUCCCGUUAUUCGAUGGAGUCCUCUACCCCAAGCUAGACCGACACGGGAUCAACUUCACCCUCCUCAGGCGUAUGAUCGCCGGGAUGGUUUUCAGCAUGUUGGCCAUGAUCGCCGCGGGGGUUCUGGAAGACUACCGACUGGCUUGGAUCAGGAGUCACAACGAGACGAUUAACCAGAGCAUCAGAUCGGGGGACACCUGGACGGUGUACCACGCGGCAGAUAUCUGGGUCUUUUGGCAGAUCCCCCAGUACUCGCUCAUCGGGAUCAGUGAAGUCUUUGCAAGUGUUGCUGGUCUAGAAUUUGCCUACUCCAUGGCACCCCGCUCCAUGCAAGGUCUCAUCAUGGGCAUCUUUUACUUCUCCUCUGGCAUCGCGGCAUUGGUCGGUAGCGCCAUCUUGAAAGUCACUUCCUUGCCCGCAAUUAACUGGUUCGAGAAAAAGGACGCGGGUAACAUCAAUAACGGUCAUCUGGAUCGGUACUUCUACUUGCUGGCAGCUUUCCAACUUGUCGGACUGAUCAUUUUUGCUGCUGUUGCUCUGUACCAUGAGAGGCAGGAGGCCAAGCAACGGGCCGGGUCGACAGCCAUCAACAAAAAUCACCACGAGGACAGGGCUGUGUCUCAGACUUAACACAAGAGGGCGCCCUCUGAUAAUGAGAUGUCGUGUUUGUCAGCCAGGAACGUUGGCAAGGGAUAGAACACUUCUUUGAACAGGUGUGUGGCGUUUUCUUCAAGCAGUUGAUUUUCAUGGAAUGUAAGUCACGAUUUGUGGAGGAUUUCCAAACAAGUUUGCCGCGCACUUGUGCAAUGUACUGAUGAUCGAUUUCACAAACUUGUUCCACUUGCCCAGUUUUACAUAUUUUUACAAGGGCUAUUUUGUACAUGGUUUCAUAAUGAUCAGAAAACAGUCAGUAAAUUACACGAGCUCCAUCAGAAAUGUUUCUGCCGAACUGGACCGAUUAUGAUUUGCAUAGUGUGAAUUUGUUUCAUAAUAGGGCUGUCCCGAAUAUACCACAUAUUCAAAUAUUUGAUGAUCGGUGGAAUAUUCCAAUAGCUUUUUGCCAAUUGGAAUAUUCAAAAACAAAAAAAACUACGCAUGUACACUCACGACUGCAAUGGUAUUUUAUCGCGAAGAUCAGCACUUCAUUGUCUGGUGCCUCUUUUUUUGUCUACGGUAACUUUUUCGUCGAUGGCGGUUCAUUGUUCGCACCCUUUAAAGGGGCACUAGGUCCUGAAAUCCCCGAAAAUGUUAUGUUUUGGAUUGUUUACUUAGCCUAUUUCAAACAUCUGCAAAACACUUUAGCAGCCCAUAUCGAUCGCUUCAUGCAAAUUUUAACUGGCGCGCUCUGCGUGCUACUUUUGACCGGCGCGACACGCAGUUGCAGGUGGCAGUUUUGAAUAUCCAAAUAUUUGGUCAAAAGCAGUUCAUUCGACAAUGGACUGCCCUAUUUCAUAAUGGAUCAUUCCAUUCAGCCCCGCCCGUGGUCUUUCGACCAAUCAGAGCCUUGGCUGAGGUCCAACAUGCAUGCACAAAAGUCCAACAUUCGUGCACAAGCUUCUGAAAUGCAUGAUUCUUCGUAAGACAUGCGCAGGCAUAUUUUAGUCGUGCAAGUCAUAAAACAAAAUGUCAAUGUAGGCAGUUGCGCACGUCUUUGUGGAAUCAGCUUCAGACUUGUCUAAUACAGGAGGAUACCGCGUAUUACUGCUAGGGGGCGCUCUUCGUGGUUCACAUGCCUUGUUACUGAAAUUGUGGUUCCUGUUUAGAGUGUAUGCACAACAUAUAAUGACGGCAGAGUAUCAAUGUGAAAUAACAUUACCUAUGGAAUACAAAUGUUUCCGCAUAUAUGCAUUAAAUUGUGCAUCGAACACUAAAUAUAUGUACACGUAUUUAACAUUUUAAAAACUUUUGAAUUUAAUAACUGUAUAACAUUAUGUGACUAAUUUAAACAAAGUUAGCAUUUCCUGAAAUAUUUUGUUUUUAAUUUUAUGUUCAUAAUGAUUGAUUUAAUAAGGGAAUUUUUAUGUUAAUUUUGUUCAUUACUUUGGGUCGUUUGUGAGGGUUAUUAAUGUGACUAGUGGCUACUAACUGAAAAAAAAAAUGGUUGGGGCAGCACACGUACUACUAAAAACUU